GCAGACACAGCACAAGCAAUUGGAAGCUGCAGAGAAGACGUCACAGCCAACUGAUCACAGAAGAACUUGCAACAUGCAGAGGAAGGUGAAAGGCCCACACGCCCACAAGAAGCCACAAAACCCCGUCCACCCGGGCUUCUUCUUGGUCACUUCGCUUGUCUUGGUCGCCGUGGCGACUGCAUGGCCGUGGCCUAACCUGUCUUGGCCGUGGGACUCCGUCGCCGUGGCACAAAGCACCCAGGCCACUGAUGCCCCAGACCAGAACCUCCUGCAGGAACUGACAACCAUGAAACAGGACAUCAAUGAGUUGAAGACCCUCUUGAAGAAUCUGGUGACACGUGUGGAUGAGCUUGAUGAAAGAACAGCAGCUAUCGUCCACAUUGAGAAUGUGACCCGUAUGGUUGAAACACAAGCCGCAACCAUGCAGAGUCUGACCACACUCGCGGAGAAGAUUGAUGGAGUAGCAAAAAUUGCGCAAGUUGAGGUUCUGACGGCACGUGUGGACGCUCUUGAAAAAGUGAAAAAGGAGCAAGUGACGGGUCUGACCACCCGAGUGACGAAGCUGGGAGCGGCAGCCAGUUCGGUGGUAUUCUCAGCAAUGAUCAAACAUGAGAAUACAUUCAACAGUGGGGAGAAGGUGAUCUUCUCACAAGUGCAGACCAACGAGGGUGACGACUAUGACAAUACCACAGGCAUUUUCACAGCACGCAUCAAGGGCCUCUACUUCUUCACCGUCACCAUCCACACGCAUGGGGGGGACAUUGACCUGUAUGUGUAUAAGAAUGAGGAGGACAUGAGCCAGCUGUAUAACCCCACUGCAGGAUAUCAUGGCAGUGAGACCAGCAGCUUGGUGAUGCCACUGGAGAGUGGAGACACCGUGUAUGUCAAGGCUUAUAAGGGCAGAGUCCAGAGUUACACCCAACAAAGCAUGUUCAGCGGCUUCCUCAUCCAUCCCAUGUAAACUAGAUGGAGGUGAGCGCAUCCAUCCAAGAUAUUGAUACCAGGGCAGUAUCGGUAUGGGACGGAUGCUCGCACGAUGAGACGGCUAGAUGAGUUUUCUUUAUUCAAUUAACCGUGUGGCUUUUCAUGUGUGUAAUAUUCUACAUGUUUGGUAUCAGUGAUAUCGGCUGGUCUGAUCCAGUUGUCUACUGAUACUGGAACCGCACGUGUCAGGAUUGCUUUUUCAACAGCUGCCACAGGCUGAUGACACUUAUCGCAUACGCUAACGUUUACUAUUUGCGUGUACUCCUACCUAACCCCGAUUAAGGGACUGUUUGCAAGCGUCGCUAGAGGGCGCUAACUGGAAGUACAAUAGUAUUUUACUGGUGACAUGCUAGCCGUGGGUGAUGCCAAACAGUCUCUUUUAAAUGUUGAUGUAUUUGUACAUCACAGUGGAAACUUGGUUAGUGUCGUCAAUUCAUUCCAGAAGGUCCCGACUCCCAACCGAAGCCAUUUCAACACAGUCAGAAUUUUUGCUGAUGGCAUCAUAGAUCGGCGACGUAGCUGACCUCCUCGGUUGCCAUUCUGUUAGCAAGCGCACGAUGCUAACACAUGUUUUGUGAUCAUGAAGUGUACCAUAUUGAACGCAAACUGAGGCUACAUUUUGGAUGAAACAAAAUGACGUUCUGCUUUUUUUCUUUGAUACCACAUUUUGAAUGCUUCUAUGCUACUGGAUGUUUGGAUUUCCUUCAUUAAAUCAAUAAAGUUU